UUCGAUAAUUUUUCAAACUUCCAUUUUCGCCUUCUCCAAUCUUCUCCUCCUUUAUAUAUUCCCGGAGCCCCAGCGAGUCGCUUGCCGGAGGUUUUACUUUCUUCUCAAUCAAAUUCUUCAAUAUUACAACAAUUCGCCGAACAACGGAGGAGAUACCAAAAGAAAAAGAAAAGACCCAUCUCAAUUCCCAUUUCUCGCUUUCCAAUCCCUGUAAAUCUUUGUUUCAAGGUUUAAAACGCGCGGAGGGGUUUUCAGAUUCGAUUUCUGCGGGCUGAAGAUUUUGUUUUGCGGUGCUUCGGUCGGUUUUGUUCGACCCUUUUCAGGAAAUGGAGAGGUUGUCGGCGGUAGCAACGGUUGCUUCACUGCCGGAGAGGACGACGACGGUGGCGUGUGGGUUUGUGAGCUGGUAUGAGGUUUUCGUAUCCAGUGACAGAGGUAGAAGGGAGGUUCAUUAUUAUCUGAAGCGCGGCGACGGAAGCUCAGAUCUGGCGGUCGUGGGGAAGGAGAAGAGCUUGAGGCACAUGUCUUAUCACUAUGCUUUGCAGAAUCGGUUCCUUAAUUCCGUGGGGCCUUUUUCGUCGCUCACGAAGCUCAAAUCUCGUAGAGAGGUGGUUGAGUGGCUAAGCUCUGUUGUUUCUGAUUUUCAGCGUCAACCAUCUGAUCGUAUGAUGGACCGGGAUGGUGCAGAUGCUUGCCCCUCUCAGGAUGGACCUUUGAAGGAUGUCCAACAGAUAAAAUUGGGUCAACAUACCAGGGAUUUUUCAUGGUUAGGAUGUCCUUGGACGUGUAAGCGAAAGCGUCGGCACUAUCCAUCAUUCAGUCGGAAUGGUAUUAAGAUCUCGGUUCAUGACUUCGUUUACGUCUUAGCCGAGGAAGGCAAGCGUCUUGUUGCAUACUUGGAGGAUAUGUAUGAGGACUCUAGAAGCAACAGGAUGGUUGUGGUACGAUGGUUUCACAAAAUUGAUGAGGUUGAUAUUGUUUUGCCCCGCAAAUUUAAUGACAGAGAGAUUUUCUUUUCUCUUUGUCUUCAAGAUCUCAGUAUUGAGUGCAUAGAUGGCUUGGCGACUGUUCUCAGUCCCCACCAUUUUCAGAAGUUCCAGAACGAGGCUAAACAUACUCGAUUGGAGCCGUUUGUAUGUGACAGGCAAUUUGAUAAUGAUGAUAUCAAAUCCUUUGAUAUUACACAGGUCAAAGGGUAUUGGAAACAAGAAAUACUUAGAUACAUGUAUGCUCUUUCUUCCUCAAAAUCCCAUGGCCAGCCUCAGCAGUCGGAAGAUGACGCGAAUGCUGCGAUGAGACCUAGAAAGAGGCACCGACGGUCAAAAGAUGAUGACUUGCAAAAUAUUGACAAGAGGCAGCAGCCACUGGCACAUGUGUCUUCUUGUCAAGAUGUUCGUGGCUCGGGUAACAACAUGGUUGAUUUUAAAAGCAAUGGUGUCAUCUUCAGUCCGAGAGGGGGCUGUGCUUCCAAAACUUUUCUAGGCAAGGAGUUGAAGAACAACAAUUCUUCAGGUCGGUUAACUGUAGGAUCGGAGGUUGAAGUUCUUUCACAAGACAGUGGCAUAAGAGGGUGUUGGUUCAGAGCUUCUAUAAUUAAGAAGCGUAGAGACAAGGUCAAGGUCCAAUAUCAUGAUCUUCAGGAUGCAGACGUUGAAUCAAAUAAACUUGUGGAAUGGCUUUCAUCUACCAGAGUUGCAGCCCCUGAUCAAUUGGGUCUGCGCAUCAAUGGAAGAUUAGUUGUUCGUCCACAGCCUGGUAUGGGUAGCAAAAUUUCCUUAGAUUACAAUAUCGGGACAGUUGUCGAUGUAUGGUGGCAUGACGGUUGGUGGGAAGGAAUUGUAGUUCGGAAGGAACCUGAAGAGAAGCUCCGAGUUCACUUGCAAGGUGAAAAGCAAGAAUUAGUUUUUGGCCCCGGUGAGUUGAGGCAUUCUCAAGAAUGGUUCGGAAACAGGUGGAUGCAAAUGCAGGAAAGGGCAGACAUUGCAACCUCCAUUUUAACUCGAACCGGGAACAAGGGCCUCACCGAUAAGGCUUCCAACGGCAAGUUAACCACGUCAACCCAAGUUGCCAUUUGCGAUACGAAGCAACAACCGGAUGAAGAUAGAAUUCAAUCAAUUGAACCUCGUCCAAACUCCAACACCGGUAAGGCUAAAGAAUCCUGCACAGUUCCAGAUCUCUCCAAGGACGAUUCGCUCUUUAAACUGCGGUGGACAGUUUCGAGAAAAAGAAGCCAGCCCAGUGGCAGCAACUCAUUGCCGAAGCAUCUCGAGGAUCCAAGCAAAUCCUUUCCUCCCUCGUUAGCUUCUUCCAGUCCAUGUGAAAGAUUUGUUAUUCCAGCAUCCAUGAAAGUAGAUCAUGAUAACUGCAAGUACCUUGGGGAUUCUCUGUUCACUUCAUCAGUGGUGCCUCCUCUCUCAAGCUUGGUAAUGUCAAGAUGAUUUGGUAAAAACAAAAACUGCCUUGUGGAUUGAUUGUGCUCUUUUUUUGUUGAUCUUCCCUUUUAGCAGUUCAAUUUAUUUUAGUUUUAUAGUGAUGGUGCAUCUAUUCGAUGCUUUCUUUUGUAUUUUUUUUUUUGGCUAACCUGCUUUUAUUUGUAAUCUGAUAGCAUAGAAAGGUUAACUUGAGGGAGUGUGCGUGUCCAAUCUAAAGUUAUUUGUAUGUGUAUAUGUAAUGACAGCCCAAUGGGCAUCACAAAGCCCUCUCCCUCAUGUUUGAGGCAUCAAAAUUUUAAUGUUAGUGCAGAAUGAAAAUCUAAGAAUUAGAAGGUUUCUAACUCA